AUGGCCAUAUCCCGACUUACUCGCCUUGUUACUCAGUCCAAAAACAUCUCCAGACAUGAACCAAUCGUACAAAAGAGGACGGCAACAACAACUCCCAGUGGUGCUAUCCUACCAGAACCCGAGAAAACACCAUUCGGUCUUUUGAGCAUAGUAUGUGCUGUUGUACCUGGCCUGUUAAUUGGAGCUGCUAUAAAUACU